AUUCUCCUGGCCAAGUCUUUACUGUUACAAACAAAGAAUCAAUUUCCCUUUCUUAGCGAGCAAUCCAUCUUCCAAUUGAACUCAAAUAAUUUUUUAAAAAAAAACCCGAUUCAUCAUCAAUCAUCAAUAUUUCCUGUUAAUUUGAUUUCAUUAACAUGAGUUUCUUCAGAAAUUUCCUAUUUUUGGGACUUCUUUCAGUAGCUUUCUGUCAAGAGCAUUCUGACACAGAUCCUCACCUGUUUCCACGACCUUUGAUUAUCGAACUUCCACAAAACGUGGAACCUCGAUGCGAUAGCUCGAUCGAAGAAACUCGAUUACGGUGUACGGGUUGGAGAGUCGCGGGGGAGGCGAAUAAUCUGAGUCCAUGGAAAACGAUCCCGGAGGAAUGUAUCGAUUACGUGAAGGACUAUAUGUUGGGUCGAUCGUACGAGAUUGAUCUCCAAAUGGUGUCUAAUGAAGCAGCACGAUUCGCGAAGAGUAUUGAUUUGAAAGGAGAUCGAAUGGAUGCUUGGAUUUUCGAUAUUGACGAAACUUUGCUUUCUAAUUUACCUUAUUAUGCUGAACAUGGCUACGGAUUGGAGAUUUUCGACCAUAGUCAAUUUGACAAAUGGGUUCUUGAAGGAGUGGCACCAACAAUUGAACCAAGUUUGAAGCUUUAUAAGGAGGUUUUAAGAUUAGGGUUUAAAAUAUUUUUGUUAACGGGACGUACGGAGAACAAAAGGAAUAUUACUGUUAAUAAUUUGAUCGAGGCUGGAUUUCAUAACUGGGAAAGACUCAUUUUGAGAGGAAAUGAAGAUCAUGGAAAAACUGCGGUUGCAUUUAAAUCUGAUAAGAGGAAGGAGAUUAUGGAAGAGGGGUUUCGGAUUAUUGGAAACUCGGGUGAUCAAUGGAGUGACUUAAUAGGUUCAGCUUUAUCUGUUAGAUCAUUUAAGCUAUCGAAUCCUAUGUAUUUUAUAUCUUGAUUGUUUGAAUAUUUCUUAUUGUGACAAUUGUAAGGAUUUGAAAUGUGUAUGUAAAUGAACACCAAAUUGGUUUAUUCUCAAUUUUUAUGA